AUGGCAAAAAUUUUAGAUGAUGAUUUUUUCAGCAUUGAUCAAAUGCUAAAUGAUAAAAGCAAUAUGGAACACAGUCAGUCAAGCACCAUGGAAGGGACUGAAUACAAUGACAACAAUGUCAUACAUGAAGAAGCAAUGCAGCAACCCAAAGGUAGAAAACAGCUCACUGUUUCCGAAAAAAGGGAACUUAUUGAUGCUUUUCUUUUGAAGCUAGAGGGUGGAGAAUUGCCAAAAGGGUAUUUAUCACAGCAAGGAAGUAAUUUCAAUGUGCAUAGGUCAACAAUUCAGAGGUUAUUCAUAGACAUAAAAUCCCAAAUGGCAGUGGGGAAUGUGAUAGAUGUCAGAAGCAAGAAGCUUGGCAAAAUUGGACCCAAACCAACAGAGUACACAGAUGAGUUUCUGCAAUCAGUCCCACUGUACAAGAGGACAACUGAGAGAAGCUAUGGAGCUGCUCUCAAAAUCUCACAUGUCACCAUCCAUAAAUUAAAGAAAAAAGGGGGACUCAGAACACAUACAAGCACAAAUCACCCAGCACUGACAUCAAACCACAAGAUAGCAAGACUGGAAUGGGUUUUAAGUCAUCUACUGCCUGCUGUAGAGAAUGGGGACCCUAAGUUUGUGGAUAUGCAGCAAGUAGUACACAUUGAUGAAAAAUGGUUAUACUUGAACCCAGAAACAAGGAGGUUCUAUCCCUGCCAAAUGAACCUAACCCAUAUAGGUGCCAACAGUCCAAAAGGUUCAAGGUAA